GCUAGCACGUUAGUUAGCCUUUAGCACAUGUGUGACAUUAACGAAGUGAAGCAUUGUAAACCUUUACUUUUAAGCUAGUAGGUUUGUCUUUAGCUGAAAACGGGUUGAAAUAUGAAGAAGAAGCAUACAGUUGUAGAGGAACCAGAAAAGGAGGAGGAAAAUGAGCCCCCAGUUAAAGGCAAAAGGCACAGACCUGAGGAGGAGGAGGUGGUCUAUCAUCCGGUGAAACUUUCCAGAAAUGAUCUGUAUAGACCUCCGACAGCAGAGGAGCUGAACCAGCUGAAAGAGACAGAUAAUCUGUUCCACUGCAGCCUCCUGAAAAUGCAGAUGGACGAACUGCUGAAAGAGGUUGUCCUUAGUGAUCGCAGGAACCAGCAAAUCAAUGUCUUCAUUCAGACCCUGACCAAGCUGCUGCAGAACGUGCCGGUGUCACCAAUAGUUGAGGUAAAUGACCUGUCUUGGCUGUCUGGUGCAGUUAAAGUGCCUUUUCUUCUGACGCCCAAAACAACAAAGGGUAAAUUCCACAUGGCACCUCCAGCCUCCAUUGAUCUGGUUGGGAGCUACCCGCUGGGCACCUGCAUCAAACCAAACAUUAAAGUGGACCUGGCUGUUACAAUCCCAGCUGAGGUCCUCCAGCACACAGACUUUUUAAACCAGAGGUAUCCGAGGAAAAGGGCUCUCUACUUAGCAGGGCUUGCCCAGCAUCUGAAGUCCUCCCCUGACAUCGGGACAAUGCGCUUCUCCUGUCUCCUUGGAAACAGGCUUCAACCUGUUCUGCUGCUGACUCCACCGGGUAAAGACUCCUCAAGGUUCACAGUCUGUCUUCAUGUCUGCCCACCUCCUGGGUUCUUCAAACCCAGUCGUUUCCACCCUAACAGGAAUAAUGUUAGGACAGAGUGGUACAUUGGACUGCAAACAUCCCACGCUGAGCGUAGUGAACCUCCCACUCCACACUACAACACCUCUGUUCUGGCGGACUUACUGCCCAGGGCUCACCUCCAGUUUCUUUCUGCUGUCAGCUCCCAGUGCUCAGCUUUCUCUGAUGGAGUGGCUUUGGUAAAAGUCUGGCUUCGUCAAAGAGAGCUCGACCAGGGCACUGGCUGUUUUAAUGGAUUCCUGGCCUCAAUGCUCUUGGCCUAUCUGCUGAUCACUCACAGGAUCAGUAACACCAUGACAGCCUAUCAGCUGCUUCGGAAUUGCUUGAAUUUCUUGGCUUCUACAGACCUGACUGUGAAUGGAAUCAGCUUGGCCAAAAAUCCGGACUCUACAGCCCCAUCUCUUGUGGACUUCCACAGUGCUUUUCAGGUUGUGUUUGUGGACCCUUCAGGACAUCUUAACAUGUGUGCUGAAAUGACUGCUUGUACCUACAAACAGUUGCAGCAUGAGGCAUCGCUGUCAUUGGAAUUCUGGGACAACCCCACAGUAGAUGGGUUCCACUGCCUCCUUAUGACCCCCAAACCCAUGAUAAGGACAAGUGACCAUGUCUUCCAGUUGUGUGACUUGGUAAAGCUUCAGUCCAGCUGUAAAAAACAGAAUCUGCUGAGCAAGUUGAUGGAUCGCAGCGGAAAUUAUAUCCAGACUGCACUACCUUUUAUUCUGUCUCUGCUCCAGCAAGGACUGGGCCAAAGGAUUCACCUCCUCACCCACUCUCUCUCACCUGACCUUGAGUGGUCUGUAGAGAGUGAAGCCCCAAAAUACAAAGCUCAUCCUCCCCUCUCCUUUGGUUUGCUCUUAAGACCAGAGCUGUCAUCUUCUGUCCUGGAAAGAGGACCCCCUGCAGAUAACCCCAAGGCAGCUGAGUUUCGACAACUGUGGGGCCCUCGCUCCGAGCUGCGUCGUUUCCAGGACGGCGCCAUCACCGAGGCUGUGCUGUGGGAUGGAAAGAGCAUGUGGCAGAAGCGGCUCGUCCCUAAACAGAUCAUCACACACUUACUUCAGCUUCACGCAGAUAUCCCCAAGUCCUGUGUGCGAUAUGUUGGAGCGAUGAUUGAUGACGUCAUCAAAACAGGAAGCGAGGUGCCUGGUACUGGAGAAGAGCAGAGCUUGGUGGUGGUUCAGUCGUACGAUGACCUGAGCAGGAAGUUAUGGAAGCUGGAAGAUCUGCCUCUUGCCAUCACUGCAGUGCAGGGAGCCCACUCUGCUCUUCGAUACACGCAGGUUUUCCCCCCCGAGCCACAGAAGCUGGACUACUCCUUCUUUGACAGAGAAAAGACUUCGAGAUCACUGGUGCCAAAGCAAAACAAGCCCUGUCCACGUUAUAUAACUCCUAUCACAGUGAUUUGUCAUAUGGAGGGAAGUGGAAAGUGGCCUCACGACCGCCUCGCUAUCCGCCACAUUCGAGCUGGCUUUCAUAUUCGCCUGGCAGAGUUACUCAAGAAGCACCAUAAUUACACGUGCAAUCCUUGUCCCACCCACCUGGAUGUCUGGAAGGACGGUUUGGUGUUUCGAAUCCAGGUGGCGUACCAUCGUGAGCCUCAGGUCUUGCGGGAGAGUGUGAAUACAGAGGGGCUGCUGGUGGUGAGGGACAACGAGGAGGCUCAGGCUCUGGAGAUGGUCACUAUUCACAAACCUCUACUUACCAGCACAUUGCACGGUCUCCAGCAGCAGCAUCCAUGUUUUGGAGCAGUUUGCCGCUUAGCAAAGCGCUGGUUGGCGGCUCAGCUCUUCAGUGACGACAUCACAGAGGACACAGCGGAUCUUCUCGUGGCAUCGCUCUUCCUUCAGCCUGCCCCCUUCACUCCUUCUAGCUCUCCUCAGGUGGGCUUCCUGCGUUUCCUUCAUCUGCUCUCGUGCUUUGACUGGAGGAACAACCCGCUGGUAGUCAACUACAACAACCUGCUCACAGCUGCCGACUACACAGAGAUCAAGAAUGACUUCAUGGCGUCGAGGGACUCUCUGCCCGUCAUGUUUAUAGCAACGCCUAAAGACAAAAAAACGUCUUUGUGGACCAGACGAGCUCCAAGCAUACAGAUGCUGCAGCGUGUGAUGUUGGUGGCAGCAGAGAGUCUGAAGGUGUUGGAACAUCAGCUGAUGGAUGGCAGCCAGACACAAGAUGUGAGGGUGAUCAUGCGUCCUCCGUUGGAUGCUUACGAUGUCUUGAUUCAUCUGAACCCGAAGCAGCUUCCUCUUCUCAGUCAAGCUGUGGACCCUCCAGCAGUCACCUUCAGCAGGGGUGUAAUUACUGACGGCACGCCCCAGUCUGGAGGUGCUCUGCCUGUAAUCGACUACAACCCUGUGACCCUCUACCUGACAGAGCUGAGAGAGGCAUUCAGAGACCUGGCCCUCUUCUUCUGUGAUCCUUAUGGAGGAACGGUGAUCUCAGUUUUAUGGAAACCAAAGGCUUUUGAACCUUCACCCUUCAAGACAUCUCAGAUAUCUGCCAGGACUGUGAAGGUGACUGGGCAAGAAGUUCAAACCAUUCCUAAUGUAGAAGCCAUACUGGAGGACUUCAAGAUCUUGGGAAAGGGUUUGGUCAAAUCAGUGGAAGCCAGAUAUGAAAAAUGGACAUUUUAAAUUCAUAGACCGCUCUCACAACAUCUGUAUUCUAUAGAUCUGAAGCUGAUGUUUCAAUGGAGAUGAACUGUUGAUAGUGUGGGUAGAACACUGACACAGUUGUUAACAGCAAUAUAUAUAGAGAGUAAAAUACCUGACCUUUGUAUUAAUG